AUGCAGGCUGAUGUAGUGCAGUCGAUAUGUCAAUGCGAAAAGUUUGCAAUAAAUAACUUGAGCGUGGUACACUACUCCAAGGUGUUUUACGGAAAGGUCUCCGAUAAGGAUAUCGUAGCGAGCGGGAUACGCGAGGCGAGUGGCAUGCAAUUGACGUGGCCUUUGUGGUACGGCUACGCAGUCAUCGCUGUUGCGCUGUGGCAACGCAUCUGCAACCCUACGGUGUUGCAAUAUGAGAACCGCCAGCUCGCUUACGACUUCCUCACA